UUAACUGUAUAUGGUUAGUCGACUGCAAAAUGGCAACUAGGUGGGGGAUUUGUUCCGCGGGACAGAUCAGCCAUGAUUUCACCGUCGCUCUUAAGUCACUCCCCCCAGAAGACCACCAGGUGGUUGCAGUAGCUGCUCGUAGCUUUCCGCGAGCUCAGGACUUUGCGCAGAGACACAACAUCCCACGUGUCUAUGCCAGCUAUGAAGACCUGGCCAAAGAUACAGAAGUUGAUGUGGUGUAUGUGGGCACCAUACACCCCAGUCAUCUGCCAGUGAGUCUGCUCUUCAUGAACGCCAAGAAAAAUGUCUUGUGUGAGAAGCCUCUGGCCAUGAACCUCAGGGAAGUUCAGGAGAUGGUCACUGCUGCCAAGCUCAACAGCGUCUUCUUCAUGGAGGCUGUGUGGACUCGCUUCUUCCCCGCCUCCCUGGAGAUCAGCAGACUGCUUGCACAGGGGGAGGUGGGGGAGGUGAAGAUGGUGCGGGCAGACUUCGGGACACCCAUCGCACACAUCCCCCGAUCUGUGGAAAAGGAACUGGGUGGUGGAGCCCUGCUGGAUAUAGGCAUCUACUGCCUGCAGUUUGUGCUCAUGGUGUUCGAUGGAGAGAAGCCGGAGUGUGUUCAGGCCACUGGGGUCUGUCUAGACACAGGGGUGGACGAGGCCAUGGUGGUGACCCUGAAGUUCUCGCGGGGCAGGAUGGCCGUGUGCCGCUGCAGCGUCACGAUGGCGCUCCCCAAUGAUGCGGUUAUCUCUGGCACCAAAGGCAGUAUCAGGGUUCCUGAACACAUGUGGUGCCCCACGUCCCUGGUGGUAAAUGGGAAGGAGACGCAGUAUCCCGUGCCAGAGCCUUACCUGCCCAUUAACUUUACCAACAGCACGGGCAUGCGCUAUGAGGCCGAGGAGGUGCGCCAGUGUCUACUUAAAGGGAUGAAGGAAAGUCUGCGCAUGUCACUGGCAGACUCCGCCCUCUUGAUGGAAAUCAUGGACGAGGCGAGACGGCAGGUGGGGGUCACCUACAUCCAGGACUGCCAAUGACCUUGACACGCGCUCAAACACACUGUUCAUAAUCCAGUCAAUAAAUUUCAUCUAUAAAGAGA